AACUGUGUGGAGCAAAAUGUGCCUGUCAGAGUAAUUCGUGGUCUGAAAUCUUCUACUAGUUAUACUGGAAAAGUUUACACAUAUGAUGGUUUGUACAAGGUUGUUCAAUAUUGGGCAGAAAAAGGCAUUUCUGGCUUUACCGUCUUCAAGUAUCGCCUAAGGCGGCUUGAAGGACAACCUAUACUGACAACUAACCAGGUUCAUUUUACCCACGGACGUGUUCCCCAAUCUAUGUCAGAAAUACGAGGGUUGGUCUGCGAGGACAUUACAGGGGGCCAAGAGAAUUUUCCCAUUCCAGCUACGAAUUUGGUUGAUGAUCCUCCUGUUGCGCCAACAGGUUUUACUUAUUGCAAGACUUUACAAGUUGCAAAAAAUGUAAAGCUCCCUGCUAGUGUCAUCGGAUGCAAUUGCAAAGGAAGUUGUGAGAAUUCCAGGAUUUGUUCUUGCGCAAAGCUUAAUGGUUCUGACUUUCCAUAUGUGCGCCGUGAUGGUGGCAGAUUGAUUGAAGCAAAGGAUGUUGUGUUUGAAUGUGGUCCAAAUUGUGGGUGUGGGCUUGAUUGCAUCAACCGGACAUCUCAGAAGGGGCUGAUGUAUCGGCUCGAGGUUUUUCGUACCCCAAAGAAAGGAUGGGCUGUUAGAUCCUGGGACUUUAUACCUGCUGGGGCGCCGAUUUGUGAGUACACAGGAGUACUCAUGAGGACAGAAGAUGUGGAUAAUGACUCUGAGAGUGAUAAUAAUUAUAUUUUUGACAUUGAUUGUUUGCAAACAAUAAGGGGGCUUGGUGGAAGGGAGAGGCGACUAGGAGAUGUAUCCAUACCAACAGUGCAUAAUUCGGAUAGACCUGAUGAUCAGAGAUCUGAAAGUGUUCCAGAGUUCUGUAUUGAUGCAGGUUCCAUGGGAAACAUUGCCAGGUUUAUUAAUCACAGUUGUGAACCUAAUCUCUUUGUCCAGUGUAUUUUGAGCUCGCAUCAUGAUGUUAAACUUGCUCGGAUAGUGCUAUUUGCAGCAGAUAACAUACCUCCUUUGCAGGAGCUUUCCUAUGAUUAUGCUUAUACACUAGAUAGUGUGUGUGGUCCUGAUGGGAAGGUGAAGAAGAUGCUAUGCUACUGUGGCGCAGCUGACUGUAGGAGUCGGUUAUUCUAGGUUUACCUGUCUGUCCUGCUUCCUUUAGCUGACAAAGUUACCUUAUUGUGUAUCAACGAGGUAAUCACUUGGUUUUCUGGUGGUGGUCUUUUUUCUUUUUCUUUUUUGUUUUUGGGGGGAAUAAUUCAACAAUUAUGUCCUUGAAAAUUUUGAUGCGACCAUUGUAGGCUCGAUAGUGUUGCAGUAUAGUGUUUUUUUCUGGUUGACAUUAUUCACUGAUAUUUGUUAUAGCUCAAGAGAAAUGAGAGAAGAAUAAUGUAAAAAUUGUAAGCAUUAUUGAAAAUCUGUAUCAGAUGUGAAUCGUCAUUGACAAAUUGCGACAGAUAAAGUUUAUGAUGUUUGAGUGGAAGUAUGUA